ACUGAGGAACGCCUACGUGCUGGAGGAGGAAUAUUUCGUCGCGCCCUUAGCGACGAACAAGGAAAAGGAAAAGGAGAGCGAGCCGAAAUGAUGAAUCUGGAGGCUGUGUUGAAGGCCAUCGGUCCGCACUUCCUCAAUCUGUCAGAGCGGAUGUUCGCGUACGGGCCCCCUGGUAAGCUGCUGCUGAAGAACCUCGAGGAGCAUUGGUUUGCGCACUGCGUCACGAUGCCGCAUUACAACGUCUUCCUGUGCGACACGAUCGCAGACACGCUACAGCUGCUACGAAGCAACUCGAUGGAUGACGUGUUGCCGUUCGCGCUCGCCACUCUCGCAACGUCCAAGAGUCCAUGGAAUGAAGCCCUGCUGUCGACAACCGGCAAGAUACCGUCCCACAGAACUGCCAAGAUCAACGUGUUCGUCGAUGCGUCGGACGCGAAGAGUCUGCUGCACAAGAAGCAGAGAGAGCGCAAGGUGUGGUGGCGCAAACUCGCCCAGCACCCCUCGAGAUUCGUGCUCGCCGAGGCGAAGAAAACGAGGGGUCUCGACGUGACGGAGAUAGAGGCGCGGUUUCCCUUUGGCAAUAUCAUCGUCGAGACGAUAACUCAUUAUCCUAGCGUGCGCAAGUUGUAUCCUCAGGCCGAAAAUAAUAAAGAUAAUGCUACGGACGUGCAUAUGGUUGAACAUGUCGCUUCCCUGGACUGGGGCUGCCUGGCAUUACUCUGCGACAGCCACAUGUCAGACAAGUCAACUAGAGCGGAUAUUCAUCCCAAGUUAUCCCCAUACAAAAUCACGUUUUGCAUUGGAAAACAGGAGAGCGAGACUGAUUCGGAUGUCGAAGACUUAAAUCGUUUUGUGCUAUAUUUAAGCAAUAUGCUUAGGACAAGAGGAAUCCCUACUAUACUAACGAAUACAGAACAAAUCAUAGAAAUGUGCCUGAUACCAUACGUCGUGUCGGUGGAUAAGACUAGUCUUAAGAAUGGCAUUGUACAUGUAAAAAAUCGCUCGACGACUCUUAGCGAGGCGGUACACAUUACCGACCUGGUAAAGUAUAUUAGUUUGCGCUCUUCUUAAAUCCGCUGUAAUGGCACACUUGGCUUUUUUUCAUGAUCAAUGUUCACAAGGUAUAUUUCUAUAAUACAUAACUAUAUUUAAUUAUUAACUAUAUUUAUUGAUAGUUACAAUAUAAACUGUAAAUAUAAAUG